AUGAAGCUGGCUGAGUAUCUGUAUAUGCUGAAACUUGCCAAUCCCGGGACGGUAGCUGAUAUUGAGACAGAGGUUGACGACGAGGGCGUGGAGCGGUUUCUUUACAUGUUUUUGGCGUUUGGGGCAUCUAUUAAGGGGUUCCAGAAGCUGAGGCUUGUGUUGGUUCUAGACGGCACACAUCUUAGUGGGAAGUACAAGGGGGUGUUGCUUACAGCAAGCGGACAAGAUGGCAAUUUCCAAGUGUUUCCUUUGGCAUUUGCAAUAGUAGACAGUGAGGAUACUGAGGCUUGGACGUGGUUUCUGCAGAAGGUUGAGAGGAUAUUGGCGGAUUCGAGCAACCUUGCUAUAAUAUCGGACCGGGCCACUUCAAUUGCCAACGCGGUUAGCUGUGUGUAUCCACAAGCCCAUCAUGGGUUUUGUAUCGUCCAUUUGGCACGGAACGUUAAUGCUAGGUUCUCUAGCAAGGGGUUAGCGAGGUUGGUGACUGCUGCUGCGACUGCGCAUAGGAUGAGGGAUUACAAGAAUUUCUGUGACAAGAUCAGGGCGUCUAACAGCGAAUGUGGGAUUUAUUUGGGGAAAAUAGGGUCUGCACGUUGGUCUAGAACGUACUUUGGGGGCCAGAGGUAUAAUAUAAUGACAAGUAACAUUGCUGAACAGCUAAACAACGCAUUGGUAGAGGGUAGGUCGUCCCCAAUAAUUGAGUUGGUGAUGUUCAUACAAGGGAUGAUGACAAGGUGGUUCAGUGCAAGACGUAAGAAGGCCAAUAAGCACCGGGGUCUGAUGACAAUAGAAGUCGAUAAAGUGAUGACAAAGACAAUGGCGCUGGUGAAGGGCAGCAAGGUGAACUCUAUUUCUAGCUGGAGCUGCCAAGUUGUUGGGAAGUUUGGUGGUUCUGAGAGUGUUCAGUUGGAGCAGAAGAAGUGUACUUGCAAGUACUUUGACAACAUGAAGAUACCAUGUGGGCAUGCCAUGAUUGCGGCCGACAACAUAGGGCUCGCAUAUGAGACUAUGGUUGGUCAUUGGUACAAGACGGUGGCGUGGAGGGAAACCUAUGCAGGUGUUAUUAGGCCAAUUGGCGACCCCAGGGACGAAUCUAUUCCAGAAGACGUGAGGGAUGCAAUGUUGAUGCCACCAUUGACUAAGAGGCCACCAGGGAGGCGUAGAACCAAACGAUUCCCCUCGACAGGGGAGAUGCCGGGUCCUAAGAAGAAGUCUGUGCCUAAUAAGUGCGGGAGGUGCAGGGUAGAAGGACACAACCGCACCAAUUGCACGGUUCCGAUAUGA